GACAGCGAGAGAUGGAAGAAGAUAACACUCGUUUAGCACUUGUUGGUCCCUGGAGUCAUAAGGGAGGCUAGCCCAGACGAUGAAGCGAAGGGCGACAGAACAAUUGCAGCCGCCUCUCAGCGCUGUUGCUGCUCAAAGGGCUCGUCAAGCCAACGCUACGACCGAGAGAGCGCCUGCACCUGUGUGCUCGGGGGAAAGCUCAUCGUCACAGGAAUUAGAUGCAUCGCCGACUCCGAUACCCCCUAACCAGGCCAAGAUUCUCCAAAACCGUGCGCCCGGUGUCCGCAAUGCCGUUCCAGGGAGAGCCGGUCAACGCGCGGGAGCGAUAACGAACGGCAGUAGAAGGGAGCCUACGCAGCCAGAGAACAAGAGAGAGAGGUGAAUCUAUAUCUAGUCAGUCAUGUUGAAACACAGUUGCUAAUAGGAAGUGCUAGGAAUGCGCCUGGACCAGCUCAGGAGGGAUUCAUUCUGUCAAGGACCACCUUCACUCCAGAUGAUAUCGUAUACGCUAGAGAUGACGCUCUCUGUCUACGGUUACGAGUCGGGGAGGUAUGCUUGCUUGCACCUUUAAUCAGUAAAAAGCACAAAUUUCACUAAUUGACAAGCAGUCACUGGCGAUUAUCGGCCGUUAUGAUCUCUGGGUAAAGCGAGGGGUAGUGAGCGUGAUGGGAGCAAAGCUGUACCCGUGUGAUCGUUUAUACAGAGUCUAUGCCCCGUCUACACACUCACUGCCUAUUUUAAAGUCCAUCUCGGGCCUGAAUGGGUUUUCAGAAUUCGAGCUUAUUUCGGUGGACGAUGGCCUGCCUGAGCUCGCGAAGGUAUCGAACCUGUUCCAUCGCAUAUGGAAUGGCUCCAUGGCGAUAUCGCCUCGAUGCAUGUUGACUCUCAGCAAGGAGGGUGCCUCGUUUUCACUCAUGGGUUCGUCUGUGGAAGAUCCCUUCAAGCGCCAUAUUCGGCCACUGCAUCUAGAUAAGAAAUGGAGUUCGAUGAUCCAGCGUCUAUCCCAGCGCGGUAGGGAUCUAAACGUUCUCACCUGCGGUCCAGGAGGGUCGGGGAAAUCAACAUUCAACAGAUACCUGCUCAAUCACCUACUCAGUCUCCAACCAGAGAAAGCAGAUAACAAGGCGCGACACGGCGAUGGCGUCCUAUUCCUUGAUCUGGAUCCCGGGCAACCAGAGUAUUCACCGAUAGGCCAUGUCUAUCUAGCGCAUAUCCGGUCGCCUACACUAGGACCGCCUCUGUCGCACCCAGUCUUAUGCCCAGAGGACGGCUCAAUCAUCCGAGUACAUCAUAUCGGCAGCAGCUCUCCCAAGGACGACUCGAAGCACUAUGUUCAAUGCACUAUGAACCUUCUACGGUACUACCAUACAAGUAUGCAUGAAACUUACUCGCGGUGUCCGCUAAUAAUUAACUACCCCGGGUGGAUCUUUGGGCAGGGCCUAGAGAUUCUAACCAGAUUUCUGGAGGCGCUUAGGCUAUCUGAUGUAGUAUAUAUGAGCGAAACUGGACCGGAAGAAGUGGCUGGGCCCCUGAAGUCUGUGGCAAGUCAAUCUCGCAUCCCGUUCUGGACACUGCCCUCGCAGCCAACAGAGUAUGCAACGCGCUCUCGUGGCCAGCUACGCCAGAUGCAGAUGCUAUCUUACUUUCACAUGCAAGAGAGUCGACAUCCGACCAACGCAUUCGUGUAUGAGGAGCGAAGUUCGACCAGCGUGCACUGGUCUGCGACUCCUCUGUGCCAUACGCGUGCGGUGAAAGUGAACUAUUCGGGCAGCAGCCAAGGCAUUCUUGGUGUGAUGAUAGCUGGUUUCCCUUACGAUAAGGAGCAUAUACUCGAUCUAUUGGAUGGGGCUAUAGUGGCCGUCGUGGCAAUCGAACAUGCCGACGCCUUUAAACCAGUUCCCGAUGACGUCGAGUCCAUCGAUAUGCUCUUCCGAGCAGAAGAGGAUAGUGGAUUCGAAGACGCGGCUGAAGAAGUCGAAGGUGAUACAGAAGAAGCAACAUUGCCAGCAGCAGCAGCAGCGACAAAACGACAGGCCUUAGCCGAGAGACUACAGCCACAUCUACACCGCACCAAGGAGGACAUCCCUUAUCUGUUCAGCGGCAACGGAACAUGCGCGCAUCUGAACCCACAGCACUCACACUCGCUUGGUCUAGCCCUGGUCCGGGGCAUCGACACCUCCAGCCAGGCUUUGGAGCUUAUCAUGCCCAUAAGAUCUGCGGCUGUGCGUGAUGCGUUGGAGCGAGGACAUCAAAUCGUGCUUGUGCGAGGCCAUCUCGAUAAUCCUGACUGGGCCUUGACGGAGGAGUACUUUGCCGCUAAGUGGGCGCACAAACACCUUCCUGCACAGCUGCAGAAGAUGCAGAGCGAGGGGAGGAGCCGAAGAGAGCGGGAGAUCUAUCAGGAACGGCUGAAGCAGAGGCUGUACAGGGCAGUGCGGGUGCCGUGGGUACAGCCUGAGAAGACAAAGAGUGGGAAUCUGGAGAAGAACCAGAAGACGAGGGCCAUCUGGAAGCUAAGAAGAGACGACGAGGCCGGGGACGAAGACGAGGAUUCGGGCGGAAGCGAGCGGGAGUGGUGAUCGUGUCUGGCCCCCCUUUGCGCUGAUUGUUCCAUAUAGUACAACUUUGGUUGGUUUAACUACUGGGUUUUGGUUUGGUUACCUUUUGGUUGGCGGUUGGUUCGUCCAUUCACAGCCAGAUAAAUUAAAGCGAUUGAUAGGCGAUGAAUGCACAUCUAUAACCUAUAUAAGAUAUACAUAAGACUUACGACUACAAACAAGGCAUCGUCCAACCUUGGUCACGAACACGAGCCAGCAUCCAACAUCAACAUGCUACCCAUGGGCGAUAACGGGAUCGAAGCAUGUGUUGUAUCCCUGGGAUAGCAAUAGCAGGGCCCCAAACAGGCGAGUCGAUGCUAAUAAUGUACGGAGGUAAUGCUGGCGAUGCUUCGGUCCGCCAGGUCGGACAGCCAACGGGAGCAGACCAUGUCAUCGAGGCUGAACGCAUUUUUUUUAACUACACGGCCAGAGCACAAACACCUGCACUGCAUGGUACAUAUACACAGACUCCGCAUGUACACAUGCAUCGACAUCGUUACUCCGAACACAGGCCAACUGCAUCAUGUAAGUCAGGACGAGAGCGCGAGUAAAUCGUGCAUGAUGAGGUCAAUCUCAACGCAGCUAUCCAGACACCCAUGUCCAGGCUAGACGGAACGGUUCGUCGCGUCCAGGGAUGAAACACACCGCAGUUGUCUGGAGUACGGAGUACUCCGUUUGAAGAUAUGGCUAAUCUACGGUUAAUCUACGUAAGUGUCCGUUUGCCCCCUACUCCGUAAACAUAAAGAGGGUAUCGUUAAUAUCGGGGUUGAAGUAUAUAUGCUUGUUCAGGGGAGACCUGGCAAUAGCCGAAAAGGCGAGGUACUUCAUAAUAAGCCACGCAGACCGGAUCGAGGGCUUGCAAGGGAGCGGUGAUAAAAUAUAAAAUAAACGAAACGGAAGAAGGAUCCGAGGGAUAACUAUGAAGUAAUAGUUGGACUUGGUGAAGAAGAAAAAAAAGCAAAAGGGGGAUGUACAGAUGCCCGGAGACGCAUCACAAAGCCGCAGUCGACGGUUGAUGUACACGGUACACGACGCACGAUUCACGGUUUACGAGGCCAGCGAAAGGGAGAACGAGAAAAGAGAAGACGACGACGACAACGAUGGAGUACUGCUCUGAUAGCUCACAUUCCCGCGGCACUCCCGUGCUUUCCGCCUGCAGCUAAAUGGUACUAUCGCACUAUGGAAGUAUGGUCCCUGGAACCAAGCCGGAUAUACGACAGGCUGUUGAGAUGUGUGAUCUGUACCAUCGACCCCAAGCGAUUGGAACAUCACAUUUUGGCUUUCCCCAUGGGGCAGAACAGCAGAGCAAGGGCGAGAGAAGGGCGAGAGAAGGAAGAAGAAGAAACGAAACGAAUCCCUCCCCCUUUCAUCCGGCGUGUUUCUCUCGUUUCUUUUUCCUUCAAAACGGGCCUUGUAUUACGAUGGCCUGUCUGCCCUGUAUGACGAUUUAUGACUCAAGGACGAAGGACGAAGAA